UUAUAUCCAUUUCCCGCCAAAACGAACAAGUUCUUCCCGCCAUCACCGAUCCCAAAUCCAAAGGUUCUCAGAUUCUGUAAUCCCAAAUUCACACCAACAAAAUCCAAGUUAACAUCAGCGCCGUCGAGGUCACAUCUCUUCAGACAUGGCGGACGAACAGCCCUCAGCCACUAAUCGGCGGAGGAGCCGAGGAUCUGAGGCAGCUGCCCGACUUUCGGCUCUCGAACGUCUGAAAGCCAUCCGCAGCGGCGGCCGUCGAUCGGACGCUGGUGGUUUCCAAGUGAAGUUAGAGAACCCAAUCUACGAUACGAUUCCCGAGGAUGAGUACGAUGCUCUCGUUGCAAAGCGUCGCGAAGAAGCCCGUGGGUUUAUUGUUGAUGACGACGGCCUUGGAUAUGGAGAUGAAGGUGAGGAAGAGGAUUGGUCGAAAGCUGGGGUUUGUUCUUCCGAUGAGUCUGAUGGUGAGCUAGAUAAACCUAAGAAGAGGAAAGUAGAGAAGAAAGAGGCGCAACCGAAGAAACCCUCUUCUUCUUCUCUAUCGGCGGCGGCAGCAAUGAUGGGGAAACAAAAGCUUUCUUCGAUGUUUACUUCAUCGAUCUUCAGGAAAACGGGUAGAGAUGAUAAGGCUAAAGGAUUGGCUUGUGAUAGUAUUGUGGAUGAUGUGAUUGCGGAAUUUGCGCCAGAUGAGACUGACAGAGAGAGGCGUAGAAAGGGGCAAAUUGGAGCUAUACCGAUUUCGAGGACUGUGGUGUCUGUUCCUGCUGUGAAGUCCGAGGGAUUAACUGCUCAGAGUCUUAAUUUGACUGCCGGGUCUGAAUUGAUUAAGGAUACUGAAAAUGGGAACUCUGGAAUUAACGGGGUUGUUACAAACAGUGAUUUGGAGCCUGUGCGAGCUGGUGUAGAGGUCCAGGGAAAUGGUGAGACUGAGGAGUUUUAUCCGAAGGAGGACUUGAAUUCUCAAAUCAACUUGGAUCCGGUUGAGCAAUUACCUAAUUCUUCGAUCAAGGAAGAUGUAAUUGAGGACAGUAAGCCAAUUAUGGUUGAAACGAAGGCAGAACCGUUAGUGAAGAAGGAGCCGGUGAGUACUCUAAAUGCUAAGAUUAGCAAUGAAAGAGACCCAGCUUUGAGUGCUACUGCGGGAUGGCAAGCGGUAAGGAGUGAAGGGAGUGGAAGUGUUAAUUCUUCAGCAGAAAGUGCCGAAGAGAAAUCUGAUUUUGAUAUUGACGCUGACGGCUCUCUCCCUUUCUAUAUCGUCGAUGCGCAUGAAGAGCUCUUCGGUGCAAAUAUGGGCACUGUAUAUCUAUUUGGGAAGGUCAAAGCUGGGAAUUCGUUCCACAGUUGUUGUGUGGUGGUGAAAAAUAUGCAAAGAUGCAUAUAUGCCAUUCCAAGUGCUUCUUUUCUUCAUUCGGAUGAGAUGUUGGAGCUUCGGAAGGAUGCUGAACAGUCUCAGCUUUCUCCUGCAGACCUGCGUGCCAAAUUGCAAGAAGUGACUGCAGGAUUAAAAAAUGAAGUAGCCAAGCAGUUGCUAGAUCUCAAUGUUUCAACAUUUAGCAUGACACCGGUUAAGAGGAAAUAUGCAUUUGAGCGUCAAGACAUACCUGCGGGGGAAAAUUAUGUGCUUAAGAUUAAUUACCCUUUCAAGCACCCCCCACUUCCUGCUGAUCUAAAAGGAGAAUCGUUCUGUGCUCUUUUAGGAACACAUCGCAGUGCCUUAGAGCUUCUCCUCGUUAAAAGGAAAAUAACGGGCCCCUCCUGGUUGUCGAUUUCAAACUUUUCUUCCUGUCCUGCUUCUCAACGAGUGAGCUGGUGCAAGUUUGAGGUGAUAGUUGGCUCUCCAAAAGAUGUUCAAACUUCAACUUCAUCAAGCAAAAUUUUGGAGAUUCCUUCUAUGGUUGUCACUGCAAUAAACAUAAAGACCAUCAUUAAUGAACGGCAGAAUAUCAACGAAAUUGUGUCUGCAUCUGUCAUAUGCUGUCAAAGAGCAAAGAUUGACGGUCCCAUGUUGGCCACAGAAUGGAAAAAGCCUGGUAUGCUUAGGCAUUUUACUAUUAUCCGUAAGCUUGAUGGAGGCAUAUUUCCUAUGGGAUUUGCUAAAGAGUCCACAGAUAGAAAUUUGAAGGCUGGAUCAAAUAUUCUAAUCUGCGAGGGCAAUGAAAGGGCCUUGUUGAAUCGAUUAAUGAUUGAGUUAUUCAAAUUGGAUAGUGAUGUGCUGGUUGGACACAAUAUCUCUGGGUUUGACCUAGAUGUUCUUCUCCAUCGAGCCCAGUUUUGCCGAGUACCAAGCAGUAUGUGGUCCAAAAUAGGUCGUCUUAAGCGGUCUGUUAUGCCUAAACUUGGAAAAGGAGGGAGCAUUUUUGGGUCUGGAGCAAGUCCAGGACUCAUGUCUUGUAUUGCUGGCCGACUCUUAUGUGAUACGUACUUGUCGUCCCGUGACCUACUGAAGGAGAUAAGUUAUUCUUUGACUGAGCUAGCAAAGACUCAACUCAAUAAGGACCGCAAGGAAGUCACUCCACAUGAAAUUCCAAAAAUGUUUCAAGCAUCCGAGUCUCUCAUGAACCUGAUUGAAUAUGGUGAGACAGAUGCAUGGUUGUCAUUGGAACUCAUGUUUCAUUUAAGUGUUCUUCCCCUUACUCGACAAUUGACUAAUAUCAGUGGUAAUCUCUGGAGAAGAAGCCUACAGGGUGCUAGAGCCCAGAGAGUGGAGUAUCUCUUACUUCAUGCAUUCCAUGCCAAAAAAUAUAUUGUCCCCGACAAGACUUCAUCUUAUGUGAAGGAAAAAAAGAUGGUAAAAAAGAGAACGAAUCAUGGUCCUGAGGAAAAAAGUGUUGAUGAGUUUGAUUUAGAUGAUCCAAAUGUAGAAGCUCCCAAUACUGAAAGUGGAAAAGGCAAAAAGGGAUCCUCCUAUUCAGGUGGGCUAGUCUUGGAGCCAAAGCGUGGUUUAUAUGAUAAGUAUGUAUUGCUCUUGGAUUUCAACAGUCUGUACCCUUCCAUCAUUCAGGAAUAUAAUAUUUGCUUCACCACUGUUGAAAGAUCUCCAGAUGGUGUUGUUCCUCUACUGCCAUCUAGUAAAGUGACUGGAGUUCUUCCUGAGUUGCUAAAAAAUCUGGUUCAAAGGAGAAGAAUGGUGAAGUCAUGGAUGAAGAAUGCAACUGGUCUCAAGCUUCAGCAACUUGACAUUCAGCAGCAGGCAUUAAAGCUCACUGCCAACAGUAUGUAUGGAUGUCUAGGGUUUUCUAAUUCAAGGUUUUAUGCAAAACCACUAGCAGAGCUUAUUACUUCACAAGGAAGAGAAAUUCUGCAGAGUACGGUUGAUCUUGUCAAGAAUAAUCUGAACCUAGAGGUAAUUUAUGGCGAUACAGAUUCAAUAAUGAUUCAUAGUGGACUGGAUGAUAUUGGCAAAGUGAAAGCAAUUGCAGGAAAAGUUAUACAAGAGGUUAACAAAAAGUACAAGUGCUUAGAAAUUGAUCUCGAUGGUUUGUAUAAGAGAAUGUUGCUUCUGAAGAAAAAGAAAUAUGCUGCUGUAAAGUUGCAGUUUAAGGACGGAAUGCCAUAUGAGGUUAUUGAGCGCAAGGGUCUUGAUAUGGUUCGUCGUGACUGGAGCUUAUUGUCAAAGGAAUUAGGUGAUUUCUGCUUAAAUCAAAUAUUGUCUGGAGGGUCAUGUGAGGAUGUCAUUGAAUCAAUACAUGACUCACUUACGAAGAUACAAGAGGAUAUGAGAAAAGGGCAAGUUGCACUUGAGAAAUAUAUCAUCACGAAGACACUGACUAAGCCACCUGAAGCUUAUCCUGAUGCCAGAAACCAACCACAUGUUCAAGUUGCACAAAGGUUAAAACAAAUGGGCUAUUCAACUGGCUGUUCUGUUGGUGACACGAUCCCAUAUAUAAUUUGCUGUGAGCAGGUUUGUGGAAGAGGUUCAAGAUCUAACCAAUUUCUUUUUCUCACAACCCAAGGGCGGGCUAGACAUCCUGAUGAAUUGAAAAAAGAGGAUGGAAAAUGGAUGAUUGACAUCGAAUACUACCUUUCACAACAGAUACACCCUGUGGUCUCUCGUCUAUGUGCCUCAAUUCAGGGCACCAGCCCAGAACGCUUGGCUGACUGUCUGGGGCUUGAUUCAUCAAAGUUUCAGAACAGAUCAAUUGAAGUUUCCCGAAAUGAUGUCUCCACUUCCCUCCUGUGUUCUGUAAAUGAUGAAGAAAGGUAUCAGGGAUGCACACCACUGACAUUAACUUGCCCCAGCUGUUCUGGUACUUUUAAUUGUCCUGGUAUAUUUAGUUCAAUAUACAAAUCUGUGGAGGGAAAGCAAGAAAAGCCAGUUGAUGAACCUACAAGCAAAUUUUGGAAUAAUUUGAAUUGUCCAAAAUGUCCCGAUGAAGCUAAUGUGGGUAGAAUGACCCCUGGAAUGAUUGCCAACCAGGUAAAAAGGCAAGCCGAUAGGUUCAUUUCACUGUAUUAUAAUGGCUUAAUGAUGUGUGAUGAUGAAACUUGCAAAUACGCCACACGUGCCGUAAAUCUUCGAGUUAUGGGUGACUCUGAGAAAGGAACCAUCUGCCCAAACUAUCCCCACUGCAAUGGGCAUCUAGUAAGAAAGUACACAGAAGCCGAUUUGUACAAGCAGCUUUCGUAUUUUAGUCACAUUUUGGAUACCGAACGCUGUAUGGAAAAGUUGGAGGUUCAUGCAAGGUUAACAUUAGAGAAAGAAAUGGCGAGAAUUCGGCCGAUAGUCGAGUUAGCUGCAACGACAAUUCAAAGCAUUCGGGAUCGCAGUGCAUAUGGUUGGAUGCAGUUGCAAAAUUUUGUGGUAACAUUUUGAGUUUGCAUAUAUAACCGAGGUAGGCAUGCUAGAUAUCCAUUCAUUUUACUCUUCUUUACAUUGUAUGUAUAUAUGUCAUAUGGAUAAAUGCUCCUUAGAGGAAGCCAGGUGGAACUUUCGUUCCGUGUUCCACCGUUUGAAUUGUUAAUCAAAUUUAUAGCUACUUUUAUGGAUGAUAGGUUUAGGCCAAUAUGAGUAUAGUUCAAAUUGUUACUAUCAACUUUGAGGUUAAAAAA